AUGGAGUACCACUCCGUCCCACCGGAGGAACGUGCCAGAGACGAGGAUGGCAACCUUCUCCCUUGGGGCUAUGUUUACAAAGAUGAAUCUCGCAAUCCUCGACGACCACCCGAAGAAUCAGGACCAUUCGGCAAGAGAAGAAAUGCUCGAUACGAUAAUGCUCGCUCACGAACACGGACUGGAACACCAGCAAAGCGCGAGAACCCCAAUGUCGCCGAAUUCGGUCGACUAUUCUCACAGCAACAACAGGAAGAUGAGAAAACACACGGCUUGCCCAAGUCAGCAUCAUCAUCCAGUCUUGAUAAUCCACGGAAGCAAACAGAGAAGGUCGCGACCGAAUGCAUACUCUACGGAUACAAAAACAAGGAUAACGAGUGGAAGGUGAUUGACAAAUAUGAGCGCAUCUCCCAGGGCAUGAUCUGCGAAGACUACCCUCGCAACGACCCGAAUUCAGCGAACCACUACACCCAGCUAUUGAGCGGAGGCGACGUCGUCAUCCGAAACCUGUCGGCUGAUGCGAAUCGCAAAUCGAAGCGCUAUGCCGGUGGCUACCACUGGAUCAAGGUCACCUACGACUCGACCCAGUCCGCAGAUCGCGCUUGCUUCUACUCGCCACAGGAAAUCGAUGGGCACAUGGUCUUCUGCGAGCUGUACAAUGGCCACGGCCCAACCGAAGAUGCCCCCAUCCCUGCAGACUCUGCUGCGACCAGUCGGAUUCGCAACAAAGCACCGCGCACCUUGACCACCUCGCACUCGACCACCUUCCUCUCCAACUCCAGCAAAGACCAGGAUCGCAUGACAUUGCCUCGAUCAUUUGCCAUGAACAACCUUUCCCGUGUACCGGAUUUGCCAGAGGAUGAAGGGCACUCGGUCGACUCCUCGACCAUCGCCGGUACCUCCGAUGAUACAGCUACAUCCACUGCAACUUCUGCAACUGCCACUGCCACACCCUCUUUCCAGCAAACCAGUUUCAAUACAACAACCUCCUCGUCAACGUGGACAACAGGAGCUUCGUCUAACGAUCGCACCUCAGCCCACCAACGCCGAGCUCCCGCUCAGGUCGAAACCACCGCUGACAACGAAUUCAUGACUCAUAUCCCCACCGUUCGCCGUACCAAGCUGCGCCCCAUGCUCGAAGCACUCCCUCCGCAGCCAACCAUGACCGAGCGCAUCCUCCGCUCAAUCCCCAUCCUGAGCUGGUUUACAGGCGACAUCGUCGGCGAUGGCCCACUUCUCCGCGAGGACGGCACAUUCGACCAGGAAAAAUCUGGCAUUUAUUGGAGGUUCUGGUACAUGUUUGAUUAUUUCCUGAAAACGGAUAUGUGCGGACUGAAGGAGGAUAGUUGA